AUGUCGCUGUGGAUGUUCGAGGACGGCGUGGCGUGGUGGAGUGAGCUGAAGCCGGGCCUGACGGGCGGCGUUCAAUACCUCGGUGAUGCGAUGGACCACGAGCGAUGGCUGCUUCACCCGUGCACUCGGAAGAAAGACGUCUGGAUCAUCGCCACGCCCGACCUGGAUGAGCUCCCAGGGGCUGGUUCAGCAGGAGUGGGCGAGGACAUCGCCGAGACGCACCCGCGGCCAGACAAUGGCUCGGAGCCCUCUCGGCCGGAAAGGAAGCUCUAUCAGUUUCGAUCGUACCCUGGCCGCAAGGAGUUCGGGGGCAUGAUCAAGUGGGGGUAUCGGGCGGCGGCUACCUAUGACCCUGGCUCUGAGGUGGCGCCUCCGGCGCCGGACGACGUGCCCCUGCCGACGGACGAGAUGAUGCCAUUCAGCGAGCUGUUCCCGCGCUGGCCUGCGUCAGCUCUCCGGGCGCGGGGCAAGCGGCCCUCGGAUGGCUCGUUGCGGGACGCGCUGGGCCUGGAUGCCGACGGCGCGGCCGCUCCUAGGGAUGUCUAUCCGGCCUCCGACAAUCGCACUCUUGGGGGGGACUACGACAACUGGAGAGAGAGAUUCAAGGGCUGGCACGGCUUGACCCGCGAUAGUACUCAGGAGACGUUCUCGCAUAGGCCUCUGGAGAGCCCUGGCAUCGCCCUGUCCCUGGCGAAGCUCUUCGACCUCCGCGGCUGCGACCCCCGCCAGUGGCCCCUCGUGUGGUUUAGAGAGCGCAAGUUAGAUGGCUUGGAUCGUACAUGCCAUGAGAUGAGAGUGCUGCAUGUUCUGUACUUUGCGGGAGUGUACGAUCGAUUGAGAGCGUUGGAACCCUCGCAUCGGACGGGACCUCGUGCCACCUGGGAGCACGCCGCGCCGCGCAUGGGCACUGGGGCGCUCGAGGACCCCGUCAGCCCGGCCCUCCAGUCGUAUGCUGCGCGGCUGGCCGAGGAUCGGGCUGACAUGGCUGCGGCUCUGGGCCAGGGCGGCGCGCGGGGGCUCCGCGACGUCCCCGCUGCGGCGGCGGAGGCCGCCGACGCGGGCGACGCCGCGGCUGGCGCUAGAGGCCCUGCCGCUUCGACUCGCUCGGCAAAGAAGGCUUGGGGCCGCGCUCGGCGGCGUGCAAAGAUGGUGCUGGAGGCGGUCCACGGACUGAACUGGCUUGCUGGCUACGACGCCUGGGGCCCUUCUCAGGAGCCUGCGUCGCCUGGAGUUUUGACGCCCGAGGUGAUGGCCCGCGUGGAAGGCCUGGUCAAGGACUGGGGGCCCAUGCCUGAAGCCCUCUUGGGGCGGGGGGCCCUCCGAGACCUCCUGCGCGGCCAGUCCCUGUGCGAGCUGGACACUGGCCCCGCGAACCUCGCGGCCUUCGACGCCGACCUGGUGUCUCUGCCGAACUACGUGUCGGGGCCCCCUCCAAUUGAGUCGCUGCUGGACGCCGAGGUCUCUCGAUAUUUGGAGGCCCAUCAUGAGCUGAUGCUGCGACCCGUGACUGACUUGGAGAGUAUCGAAUCCGAGACACGAGAGAUCGCGCCGUACACCGAUAGGAAGCUGCUUUACAGUGAGAAGGCCUACCGCGGCUUUGUCAGACGGCUCUGGGAUCUUGGUAUGCUGGAUGCCGCCCUCAGGUCCAUGGAGAGGAUCGGGGUCUUCUUCGUCUGGAAGAGCAACAAGACACGCCUCAGGCUGAUCAUUGGCGUCCGUUUGUGUACUUCGGAGGCCUUCGCGAACGUCGAGGUUGGCGAUGGCGUCUUCGCGGGGCUGGAGAGGGUCAGACUUUACCUCGGGAUGGCGGACGUGAAGGACUGCUUCCGCCGCCUCCAGGCCCCUGCCUGGCACAGGCCCUACUUCGCCUGGGCGGAGGUGCCCGCGCGGGUGCUGGGGUUGCGCGAGCUGGACGGAGUGCAGCUGAAGCCCACCGACGCAGCGUGGCCCACCUCCGCCUCCAUGUGCAUGGGGUUUGCUUGGUCGUUGUAUUUCGCCCAGAAGACAAGCGGGCGGCUGGCGGCUGCGGCGCCCAGCUUGCGCGGGUCGGCGUUGCUGCGCGACAGGUCGCCCCCCCUGGUGCUGGCCGAGGGCCGCCCCCGCCACUGCGUGUACGUGGACAACCUGGGCGCCUACGCCCGGGGCCGGGGCCUGGCCCAGAACGCGGCCCGCGAGUGGGAGGCGAGCUUCGCCGACCACGGGCUGGAGCUCCACGGCGGAGAGGUGGUGAGCAGGGGCAUCCGCGCCCUCGGCUGCCGGCUUGGCGGCCAGCGGUUGCGGGCCGCCACCGCGCCCGAGCGUUUUUUGAAGGUGUGGGCUGCGAGUGAGGAGAUACUCCGCCGGGGCAAAUGUGCAGUUCGGCUCAAAGCUUUCUCGGCUGCCGCCUCGCCCGACAGCACCCCGGACUCGUGUUCUGUCUCGACCAGUGCCCCAGGAUGUGCCGAGGCCGAAGCGCCGGCGAGCCUGGGCGCCCCCUUCGAGCGCCAGAGCUGGGGACAAGGCUCUCGGGCCGACGACGCCGAGACGGUCUUCCCGGACGUGGGGCCCGCCAAGCGACUUGGCGCGCCGGCUGCCGACGACGGGGCCGGGCCGGCUGGGCAUCUGGGGGCGGCGCUGGGCAUCGAGAAGGAAGGCCUGAGCUUGCUGGGGGGCAAGACGGUGACGGCCAACGUGCGGCGCUACUACUCGAGCCACCUCCAGGACUUCGAGACGUCCGCAGAGGGGCUCGGCCCAACGCUCCCGGGCGACGGCGACGGGGACGACUGGCUCGUGAAGUUCGUCAGAGCGAGCUUCCUCUCUGGCGGGCAGCCGGACUAUGGGGGGAAGGGGCCGUCGGCCUUUGCCGACCGCCACCCGGCCUUCAUCAGGGCUGGCAUGCGGCGGCUCCCCCGGGCCUGGCGCUGCCUGCGGGGCUGGCGCCGCCUUGCGCCUGGCCGCUCCGGGCGUCCUCUGCCUCAGGCGGUGUGGAAGGCGAUUGCCGCCGACCUCUGCCUGCGGGGGCGCAAGUUGACGGCCGCGGCCGCCCCCCUGGGCGUGUGGGCCUACUUGCGGCCCCGGAGAUUCGGCCCGAUAACCUGCCCCCCCCCCCCCCUCGCGCGGGAGAUAUCGAGGCGCUGGUCUCCUAUCAUCUACCCGAAGGGCAUGGGCGUCGCCGCCGACAGGGGGGCGAUGGGCGGCAGCGUGGUGCUGGGCAGCAGGUGGCAGCUGGAGCUGACGCCGCUGUGGUCUCCGCUGACGGGAGUUCCCAGCGACGGGCCUGUCUGGGCGUUCGCGCGCCCAGCGCUGGUAAGGAAAUUCAAGGGGGCGUGCAGCCAGCUAGGCGUCUCAGCGGUGCCCUGCUUGGUGCGGCACAGCAGCCCUAGCGUCGACAGGGACCUGCAGUUGCGCCCUCGCGACGAGGUGUGCGAGAGGGGGCGCUGGGCGCGCCGCAAGUCGGUCGUUCGGUGCGGGGGGGCGGCGACGCUGAGCAAGGCCUGGCACUGCCUCCCUCUGGCGACCCGGGCGAGUUGCGGGGCGCUCGACGCGCGCCUCGAGGAGCUGCCGCUGCGAAGUGCCAGCCGCGUAGCUGGCCACGCGGAGCGCUGCCUCGACCAGUUGGAUGUGAAGAACCUCCGCUGCGUGGAGGCGGUGGUGCGUUGGGUCAUGCAGAUUGCGAUGGUGGUGCAGCGGAGCCCUCGGCGCCCCGAUUUCUCGGGCACGGAGGGCGUCAUCGCAGGUUCGACUCGUGUGUUGAUGGUGAUCGGCAGCUGCUUCGCGAUCAGUGACCAGGACCUCUUCUUCGACCUGGCAAGAGGCGCGGGGCUGCGGGCCUUCCAGGAGCCGGCUGCUGUGGUCGGGCUCGGGCUGCAUGCGGCGAACGGAGCCGAGCUCCGUACCUGGGCGGGGCACGCCGUGGCGCCCCCGUGGUUGCGGCCGUGCCUGCUGUCCGUCCUGCAGGAGGUCUACCACUUCAUCGGCGACGGGGCCCGUCGCCGCGCCGUCUUCCCGAAGCUCGUGCGGGGCGAGCUCCGCGUGGCCGCGAUCGCGUGCUUCGGGGCCCCGGCGCCCGCUUAUGCCGAUGCGGGCCGUCUCGAGCGCCCACCGCUGGCGCGAACGCUGGCGGCCUCCGAGGUCGAUGCGGGCGCCUGCGCCGCGGCGUACCUCGACCAGCUCUCUGUCGUCACCGACGGCAUCGGUUCCGCGCUGGAGGAGGACGACGCGAAGUUCGCCGACGCCGCCGUUCGAGCCGGGGGGCCCGCUGGCGCCUGGUGGGCACUGGGCCGCGCCAGCUCGAGUUCCGUCAAGUCGGCGACGCUCAGGGCCAGCAGAGACGGUAGACGGGUGGGCCUGCUCGGAGUGGGCUUGCGAGUUGCCGCGCCGUUCGAAAUCGAGCGAGGGGCCGAGUGCGAUCUGGCCCAGGGGAAGACCCAGCUGCUCGUCCUGUCCGAGAUUCGCUCGGGGAAGAUCUGGGCCGUGCACCUCGGGGUCUACGGUGUGCUCAGCGGGCGUUUGUUCAGCCAGGCCGCCGUCGUGCUGCCGGGCGUCAUGUUCCAGGCGCUGACGUGGCAGCGGAUGUCGGUGUCGGCCGCGACUCUGAAGCUGCGCCGCAGUGCCGUGGGCGCCAUUGCAGAGUGGCGUCGCGAGGAGGCCGACCUGCACUCGCGACCUUCAGAGACGCUGGAGCUCGCUGAAGCAGAUGUCCUUCGUAGCCAGCCCGCGGCCGGCCGCGCCUUUGCCGGCCGCUGGGCGGUGGUCUUCGCCGUGGCCGAGUCGGGCAGGCGAACGAAGACGGGGCGGGUCAACGAUGCGGUGGAUGUUGGGGCGCGCGGCCGUGAGUGGGCGCGCGACUUGGCGACGGCCCUGACAGAUUCUGUUCUUCCCGACGAGCGUGUCUUUGAUUUUGACCAUGCUACUGACGAGAGAGAGGUCAUAGCACGUGACGCCGUACAGCAGGAGCAACAAGGACAGCAUCCACAUUCACCUUCUUUGGACGAGAUCGCCAAGAUGUUCUGGAAGGAGGUGCAGCCACUUCGCAACGCCAUCAGCAGCCUCGAGCGACGCCUUACUGACAUGAGCGGGCUCAUCGAAACCAGGUUCGAUGAGGCGGAGGAGCACAUCGAAGACAUCUCCAUUCGCCUGACCAACCUCGAGAACCACCAGAACGCCGAGUUCGAGGAUACCACCGCUCGGGUUGCCGCUCAUCGCGUGCUGAUGUUGAUUCUGCCGGAGCAGGAGUGUCAC